AUGGGGGUCCCAAAGUUUUAUCGGUGGAUUUCAGAGCGUUACCCUUGCCUCAGUGAAGUUGUCAAGGAACACCAGAUUCCAGAAUUUGACAAUCUCUAUCUGGAUAUGAAUGGGAUCAUCCAUCAGUGUUCUCACCCAAAUGAUGAGGACGUUCACUUCCGCAUCUCUGAGGAGAAGAUUUUUGCUGACAUUUUCCAUUAUGUGGAGGUGCUUUUCAGGAUCAUCAAGCCACGGAAGGUCUUCUUCAUGGCUGUUGAUGGUGUGGCACCAAGAGCAAAAAUGAACCAGCAGAGGGGACGAAGGUUUCGGUCUGCCAAAGAAGCAGAGGAGAAAAUUAAGAAAGCUCUGGAAAAAGGAGAGGUUUUGCCCACAGAAGCUCGCUUUGACUCUAACUGCAUCACCCCAGGCACUGAGUUUAUGGUCAGACUCCAACAGCAGCUCACUUAUUUUGUCCACAACAAGCUCUCAACUGACAAACUUUGGCAGAAUGUCAGAAUCUACCUAUCAGGUCAUGAGACCCCUGGCGAGGGAGAACAUAAAAUAAUGGAAUUCAUACAUUCAGAGACAGCCAGACCUUUACAUGACCCCAACACUCGACACUGCUUAUAUGGCCUGGAUGCUGACCUGAUAAUGUUGGGUUUGACGAGCCAUGAGCCAAAUUUCUCACUGCUCAGAGAGGAGGUCCGAUUUGGGGGGAAGAAAUCCCAGAAAAGGGUAACCGCUCCAGAGGAGACAACGUUCCAUUUGCUUCACUUGUCUCUUAUGAGGGAAUACAUUGAUUAUGAGUUCGCUGCGGUUAAGGAUCUGAUGGGCUCUGAUUAUGACUUGGAGCGGAUAAUAGAUGAUUGGAUUCUAAUGAGCUUCCUCGUGGGGAACGACUUCAUCCCUCACCUUCCUCAUCUGCACAUUAAUCAUGACGCUCUGCCAUUGUUGUAUAAGACUUACAUCAGUGUGCUGCCCAGCCUUGGUGGUUAUUUGAACGAGAAUGGCCAUCUUAACCUUAGAAACUUUGAAAAAUACUUGGAGAAACUCUCUGAGUUUGACCGUGAACAUUUCAGUGAAAUAUUUGUGGACUUGAAGUGGUUUGAGAGUAAAGUUGGUAAUAAAUACCUGAAUGAGGCUGCUGGCAGAGCAGCAGAAGCAGAAGCCGCAAGUAAACUCAUGUCAAAGGAAAAGGAUUCCUCUCCCCCUCUAGCUGUGUUGACCUCACCUGAUCAAGUCUUAGAUGGUGGAAAAGGACCUGCUGAUGAAUACGAAGAUGAGGAAGAUGAUAUAUUUGAAACGGAGUUCAGACAAUACAAGCGCACAUACUAUAUGACCAAGAUGGGGGUGGACAUAGUGUCUGAUGAUUUUCUAUCAAAACAAGCCAAAUGCUAUGUCGAAGGUAUCCAGUGGAUUCUUCACUACUAUUACCAUGGAGUUAAAUCCUGGAGCUGGUUUUACCCCUACCACUAUGCACCCUUCUUGUCGGACAUCAGAAAUAUUUCUGGAUUGAAGCUGACCUUUGAUCUUGCUAAACCCUUCAUGCCCUUCCAGCAACUUUUAGCAGUCCUGCCCUCUGCCAGCAUGGAGCUAUUACCAGAAUGUUACAGGCACCUAAUGACAAGUGAAAUGUCGCCCAUCAUUGAAUAUUACCCUGUAGACUUCAAAACAGACCUCAAUGGCAAGCAACAGGAGUGGGAGGCCGUAGUGCUAAUUCCUUUCAUCGAUGAAAGGUGUUUGUUAGCAGCCAUGGAGAGCUGCAAUUCCAAGCUGACCAAAGAAGAGAAAGCCCGGAAUCAUCAUACUGAGUGUUGUCUUUAUACAUAUGACCGUGAUAAAGACUUCACAUACCUCUCCACCAUUCCUCAGCACUUCCCGAACAUCAUCCAUUGUCAUGCCAGGGAAGAAAAAAUUCCCAUGGAUGCCUGGCAUGUUCCACUAAACCGCAUUCGCAGAAGUGUGGAUCGCUCAGCUCUGUAUUUUUGCGGGUUCCCGACACUGCAUCACAUAAAACACAAGUUCCAUAUGAAGAAGAGUGGAGUGUUGGUAUUCCAGCAAAGUAGCAGAGGUGAGAAUAUGAUGCUGGAGAUCCUUCACAGUCAGGAAAAAGAACUGCAUUGUGUUGCUGAUCAAGUACUGGGGAAGUCUGUUUUUGUCAACUGGCCACAUCUGGAGGAAGCGCGCAUCAUCGCUGUGUCAGACGGAGACACCAAGCUUGCUCUGGAAGAACCACCUAGGGUCCAAAACAUCUCCGACAGGCCUUCUUCACCCCCCACCAAAGUUACUUACCUCUCAGACAAAGAACAGAGGGAUUGGGUGAAAGACAUCCAAGGAAUAACAGAACACUACCUGAAGAGGAAAGGAAUCGUAGUGAAUGAAACAACAGUGGUUCUAUAUGGGCAGCUGCUGAUGGGAAGAAAAUACAUCCCCAAACCAAACGGUGUUGUUGAGUUGCAGAAACAGUGGGCUAAGCAGAUCCUUCCUUUUGCCUACCAAACUGUGGUCAAGGACAUUGAGGCCUUCUAUUCAUCUUUGACCUGCUUUAAAAGCUUAGAAGACUUGUAUCCUCCACACACCAUUGUUUUCAUGGUGGGGAACCCCUACUAUGGUGCCAUGGGAGAGGUGCAAGAUUCAAGUGAUGUCAUCAAAGAGGGCCGUGUGCGUGUGGUUUUCAACGUACCACAUGAACCCCAACUUGAAGGGUUGAUCCAGAACCAGCAUAAGUACAGUGUAAAAUACAGUCCUGGGUACAUUGUCGCAUCACGUCUGGGAAUCAGCAGCUACCUUGUGUCUCGCGUUUCGGGAAGUCUCUUCAUUGGCAGAGGAUCCAAAAAAAAUCCUUGUGGGGAGCAAAAAGCUAAUGUCGGCCUGAACCUCAAAUUCAACAAAAAAAAUGAGGAGGUUCCUGGAUACACAAAGAGAACUGAAAAGGAAUGGCUUUACUCUGCUGCUGUAGAAGAGCUUUUAGCUGAAUACUUGGAAAGAUUUUCAGAGGUCUUUGAUACGGUUUCAAGAAACAAUCACGAUGACGUGUUCUAUGAAGAUGAUAUCUGGCCUGGAGAAGACCACAACGGGGCUGAAAAGGUGGCUGAAAUCAUGACAUGGUUGAAAAGUCACCCUGUAAGCUCCAUUAGCCGUGCAUCUUGUGACUUACAAGUCCUGGACCUUGCAAUCGUGGAGAAAAUUGAGGAGGCUGUGGAGAAAGUGAAGGGGAAGAAGAGUACAAAGAAAGUUCGUGUUACCGUCAAGCCACAUCUCCUGUUUAGGCCCUUAGAACAGCAACAGGGUGUGGUCCCCGACCCUGAUGCAGAUUAUCGCCUCUUUGACCGUGUCAUCAAUGCCAGAGAGAGCUUCACUGUACCACUGGGUCUGAGAGGCACUAUCAUUGGCAUUAAAGGAGCUGAGCGUGAAGACGAGGUUCUCUAUGAGGUGCUGUUUGAUGAAGAAUUUCCAGGAGGGCUUAACAUCAGGUGCACAUCACCUCGUUGUUACCGAGUGCCGUCAUGUGCUCUGAUUAACCUAUCGCAUGGUACCCGAAUGGAUCCCACAAACCACAAACUCACCGCCAUUGUCAAACCCCAGCCUGCUGCUGCCCCCAACUUCAACUCCCACCAUCAUCAGACCAGCCUCAACCACUCACCACAUUCACCCUUCAUAGCCACGCAACAUAACUCCAAGCACAUUGGUGUGAAGCCUGCCUACCAAGUCAGCAAAAAUGCUACCUCUAAGGCGCCAAUCCAAAAACAACAGGCCAAGAGUAAAGAGGCGUACGUUGAUGUAUGGGAGUCUAUGCAAGGCCCUGCCCCUCCCCAUAAACCUCCUGCUCAGUGGCAAAAUAAUGCCUCUGUUGGUCUCAUUAGGUUGUUGAAGAAAAGUGAUGACGCCAAUUCCCUUUUACCUCAGCAGAACACUGUUAACAAGACAUCAACUGAGUUUGAGGACCUGUUAGCCAGCCUUAAAAUCUCUAAGGACAACCAACAAACUCCAGCUAAUCAUGGUCCAGUCCAUUCACAAGCACUCACCACCCAGUCUGAUGGGCCUUUGUCACCACAGUCUUUUGCAAUGAAGGGAACCAUGGUUUUGAAAGAGAUGCUUAAGAUUGAUGGCACUGGAACAGGAAGCUGUUCGCAACAAGAGACUGCAAACAAUCAGAAGCAAAACAAGAGAAGAAAGUCCCAAAAAAUAGCGGCGAUAAUGAAUGUUCCUGGAGAUGCAGUAGCAUCUUCUUCUCAUGUGCCGGUUUCCCCUGUUAACCAGUCUUUGAUGACCAGUAAGGUGUCUGAGCUGGCGCGUAUAUGUGUCGCUUUAGGCAUGGCGCCACCAGAGUUCAGCUAUGUACACAACAGACAGGGUGUUGCAGUUUGUCAGGUUAAGUUGUCCAAUGGUUUGACUGUCCACGGGCCUCAGUGUCGAUCAGAAAAUGACGCAAAGGAAAAGGCUGCCUUCUUUGCGUUACAAAGACUGAAUUCGCUGGGGUCGGGCUUCCCUCUCCAACCUCCCCUGCUCCAUGGAAUGAGACAUAUGCAGCCCCCGGGCAUCCGAGGCAUGCCUCCUGUCUUUAACCAGUCAGGCUUGAUGAUGCCCCCGCAGAGUUGCGGCCCCGCCCCUGUCUGGGGAAUGCCGCUGCCACCCCAGCACCAACAGAACCCAAGAUUCUACGGAGCGGCUGGAACGUUCCCUGGUGCUGCGCAGCCACAGCCGCACACGACUCUGCCAAUUGGCUCACAUAACCAGUUCAUCCCAUUACAGGUGACUAAAAAGCGAGCAUCGGCCAACAAGAAGCAUCAGGACACAAGAGAGUACUGCUCGGCAGCACAAACUGCAGCCAAAAAUCAAACCCAGAAAGGCCAGCAUACACCUUCCGGCCAAUCGCAAACCCCGAGUCAAGCCGCCAGAGAAGACCCGGCCACUCUGGCUGACGCACCACACCCGUACACGCUCCCUCGGCAAAAUAGGCCGGCCGCAGGCCAUACCCCUGGCUCAGCUUCUAAAAGGAAACACCGGAAACUGGCAGUUAACUUUGAGGCCGCUCAACUCUAUGACUAA